AUGCUGCAGUUCAUGACAGGCCCGCAUCGCAUUGCCUCCGGACUCCGGACUAUCGCCAAGUCGCACUAUGGGAACCCCAAGAAUUUGCGCUUACUGUCGGCAUGCGCCUGCGGGGACGACAAUCUCAUCGUGGAGGACACCCCGGCCGCAGACGUGCACGUAGACGAUGCCGAGCUCGGCGCAUUUCUCGACGAGAUGAACGGAUCAGCGCUCAGCAUCCGCAUGGGUCGCGAUAUUGCUGGCAAUGUUCUCGGGCUUAGUGCUUGGUGUGGUGUUUGGUGGGUGUAG